AUGAGAACUGAUAUAGCAAAGUUAGCCAAUCAGGUACAAGCAAUUAAACUAAGAAGUGGGAAAGCAUUGGAGGAGCUGCCACCUAAAAAGUAUGUGCCUAAAGAAGUUUUUGAAAGAUUGGUACCACAACCAGAGGUAGAAGCUGAAAAGAAAGAUGAUGAACACAUGCAAGAGAUUGAGGUGCGGGUGAAUCUACCUUUGAUUGAAGUUCUGCAAGAAGUUCCUAAAUAUGCCAAGUACUUGAGAGACAUUGUGGCCAAUAAAAGAAGGUUGACAGUGUUUAAAACGGUUGCACUUACUGAAGAGUUUAGUGCUAGAGUACCGAGUAAGAUCCCGCCUAAGUUGAAGGAUCCAGGUUAUUUCACAAUUGCCUUGGCGAUCAGAAAACAUAAGGUUGGUAGAGCCUUGUGUAAUCUGGGAGAGAGCAUAAAUUUGAUGCCUUUAUCUAUUUUCAAGAAGCUCAAAUUGGGAGCACCUAGGCCUACUACUAUGACUCUACAACUAGUGGAUCAGUCAUUAGCAGUGCUUGAAGGAAUAAUUGAAGAUGUGCUGGUGCGAGUGGGGAAGUUUAUCUUUCCCGUUGAGUUUAUUAUUCUUGACUACAUGGCCGAUGAGGAAGUUCCAAUUAUUUUGGGGAGACCAUUAUUGGCCACUGGAGGAGCACUUAUUGAUGUGAGGGAACACAAGCUAAAGAUGAGAGUGCAUGAUAAAGAAGUUGCAUUUAAUGUGUACAAGGCACUCAACCUGCCCAAGCAUUAUGAGGACUUGUGCAUGAUUUUGGUGAUUGAACCAAAGGUAAUAGAGCCCGGGAUUGAUGUGAGUGUUGAUGAUAUCACAAAGAGAAGUGAGCCUGAAAAACUUCAGUUGGUUAAAAAUGUAAAAUUGUGUAAGAGAAAGAUAAAGAAGUUGCGUGACAAGAACCUUGCGCAUUGUGAGUUUGAGCCAGGUCAAUCCGUGCUUGUGCUUAAGUCAAGAUUGAAGCUCUUCCCUCAAAAGCUCCAGACUUGA